CUGCUUCAGCUCUGCCUGACUGCAGUCGCCUUGGCUGCACCGAUUGCGGACGAGUCAAUGAAGACGAACGGAAUGAGCAACGCACAGCAGUUCGGAACUGGUGGUGGCAUCUUCGGCUUCAUUGUCCUGAUUCUGGACAUCAUUGUCUGGGUCGAGGUUCUCAAGUCCAGCCGCCCACCCAGCUACAAGCUGCUAUGGUGCGUCCUCGUCUUCAUCUUCCCGGUUGUCGGCAUCAUCCUGUACUGGCUUUUCUCGGACCGGGCCAAGUGGAACGCUGAGGGAGGCUACGAGCCGAUU